AUGCGGCAGGUGGGGAUUGCUGCUGCGGUCCAUGGCUUUCUGCUGAUUGGCUUCAGCUACUGUAUCCAGGCAGCCUCGUCUAACAGGCACCUGGAGGAGGCACUGCCCUGGCUUGUGCGUUUCACAGUCAUGUUUAUGUUCUCCUUGUCUUGCUGCACACUGGUAUACCUUGGGCAAGGCAAGCCAGUUCUGGCGAUGGUUGGCAUUUCUUUCUGCGUGGAAUGCAUCCUGCUACACUGCUUGGCAAGCUUUUCCAAAGCCAACUCGGGACGUGUUCCACUUGCAUACUAUGAAGUGCUGGUCGGCUGCACAGCGACAGCGGUGCUGAGCCAAUGUGGAAUUGCUUCACAAAGCUCGCAAGACCAAAAAGACAAGACGCAUAGCAUCAUCAGAUUUUCAUAA